AUGAUCAAUUAUCAACAACAUUGUUGGUAUUAUAUAACAUGGCUUGGAUUUAUCUAUCAUUGUUUUAAUCAACAAAUUGUAGUUACAUGUCAACAACAAGCACAGUAUCAAUCCACUGAUUAUGAUUAUUAUCACAGAAUAGGAGAAAGAAAUGACGAGAAUGACGAUAGAUUAUUACCAUUACUACCAUCUGGUGUAAUGAUGAAUGAACCAGAGAAACAAUUUAAUUUCACGUUAUUAAAUAAUAAUAAUCAGAAUAAUAUUCAAGAUUCAAUACCAAUUAUAUCAGCUAUUUCAUUAGCUAUUGUAUUCGAUUCAACUGGUUCAAUGGGUAAUGAUUUAAAACAAGUGAAAAUUGGUUCAAGACGUAUAUUACAACGACAUUUACAACGUGGUGAAGCAAAUUAUAUAAAAGAUUUUGUAUUAGUUAAAGUACAUGAUCCAGAUGUUGGUCCAGCUAAAGUCACAACAUCAACUAAAACAUUUUAUGAAUAUUUAGAUAAUGUUUAUACACAAGGUGGUGGUGAUUGUCCAGAAAUGACAAUCACCGGUAUAGAAUUGGCGUUGGAAGCAUCUAGACCAAAUUCAUUAAUUUAUGUAUUCACUGAUAGUAGUGCAAAAGAUUAUAAUCGUACAGAGAAAGUAUUAAAUUUAAUACAACAAAAACAAAGUCAAGUUGUAUUUGUUUUAACUGGAUUUUGUAAUACAACGGAUGAACCGGGUUUUGAAGCUUAUCGUCAAAUUGCUACAGUUAGCUCUGGUCAACUUUAUAUUAUUGGUAAAGGUCAAGUGAAUGAAUUUAUGCAAGUAGUUGAAGCUGCGGUUGAAGCACGUAAAGUUCACAUACUACAACAAGAUACAUUAAAUAUAAAUGCAAAAACUUAUAGUUUUCCAGUUGAUUCACAUUUAUCACAAUUAACUAUACAAGUUACAAAUCAUCAACGUAAUCAAGCAAUCAAUGUGAAAAUUCGUAAUCCUGAAGGCAAAUUAAUCGAUAAAGAAGAUGGUCUUAAACAAUUAAUGAAAGCUGUCAAAUCUGUAUUUGUCGGAUCAAUCGAUCGACCGAAACCUGGUCAAUGGACAAUAGAAGUAAGCACAGAUGUAGAAGAAGAAGAAGGCAUUAUUGAUUCUGAAUCCUUGGAUACAAAAACUAAUACUGAUGAUGGUGACGGUGAUGAUAUAGCACAACAACGUGAACGAUGGAUUUCUGUUCGCGUAUCUGGUAUAAGUGAUGUUGAUUUUUUGCAAGGUUUUUCAACAACACCACGAUUAUAUAAUUAUGGAGCUUCGACACAACCGAUUGCAGUUCGUCAAGAUAUGAAAGGUGAAUGGACUUGUUUAGCUGAAAGUAUUGCUGGUUAUACAAGAGAAUCUGUAUUAAUGGAUGUUGGUUUUCCACCAAAAGUACUGACAGAUUUAACAAGUUCCAAAAUAUUAGCUGAAUUUUCAAUGGAUACAACAUUAACUUGUCCAGUAACUGGUCAACCAUUACCUAGUGUAAAAUGGUAUCGUGUUACUGGUUCAGGCAAUAUCCCAUUAACUUAUGGUAAUCGUUAUAAUUUACAAGCUGAUAAUUCUUUAUUAAUACAUGAUGUAAAUAUGGAAGAUGGAGGUGUAUUUCUUUGUGAAGCUGUAAAUAUGUAUGGUAAAGUUAGUCAUUCAGUUACAGUUGAAAUUGGUGGUACAAAGGCUCCAUCGAUUUCAUUUACACAACCAAAACAAUUAGUUCUUGUCGGUGCACCAGAAAAACAAAUUAUUUGUAAUGUACUUGAUGCAAAACCAGCUGCUACUGUAAUUUGGUUAAAAGAUAAUCAACCUAUUGAUACUAGAACAAGUGAAAAAUAUUAUCAAGAUGGAUUUAAUCUGAUUGUUCGUGAUAUCGAAAUUGAGGAUGAAGGAAUUUAUACGUGUAUUGCACGUAAUGUAGUUGGUAAAGCUAAAUUCGAUAUUGAAUUAGAUGUACAAGGUAAACCGAAAUUUUUAGAUUCGUCGAUUGGCGGUAAAAUUGAUGUAACACAAGGUGAUAAUUUAGUAUUAGAAUGUAAAGUUGAAGGUGAUCCAAAACCAUUAGUUGAAUGGCGUAAAGAUGGUCGAAUUAUUUUACCUCAAGGACCAGGAGGUGGAAGUGGAGGUGGAGGUGGUGGCGCAGCAGCUAUAACAAGUACAGGAACACUGUAUGGAUCCAAUAUAGGUACAACAGGACCAGCUAUUGUUAUUUCACCUGAUGGUUAUACGCUGACUGUAUAUUCAGUGACCGAGUCGGUUGCUGGUAGUUUUACAUGUUCAGCAAUUAAUGUUCAUGCAAUUGAGUCGAAAGAAUUUGAAAUAGUAGUUAAAACACCACCUGUUAUUUCAAAAGAUGGUAAUAGUGAAUUUGAAUUAGGUAAUCAAGAAAUUGGUUUAUUAACUUGUCUAAUUGCACUGAGUCAACCACCAGCUAAAAUAACAUGGUAUAAAGAUGGACGACCAUUGGAACAAAUUCCUGGACGCGUUAAUUUUCUUGAUCAUGGACAUACUGUGGAAAUACGUGGUAAAAAUGAAGAAGACUCUGGUUCAUAUGAAUGUCGUGCUGAAAAUGUCGCUGGAACAGAUUCAAGAUUUUAUCAAGUCACUGUGUUAAUACCACCUGAAAUUACAACCAUUGGACAGUCUACUCGUCGUCUUAUUCAAUCUGGUCAUAAAUUAGAACUUGAAUGUGGUAUGACUGGUUAUCCAGAACCAAAAUUAACAUGGUAUUGGAAUGGUAAACCAUUAUCCAGCGAUAAUAAUGAUCAACAAGAAGAAACAAUUGCAUCUAGUUUAGGCAUGCAAAUAAUUCAUAUGAAUCCAGAAAGAAAAGAUUUAUUUAUUCAAGAAAUGAGUACAGCUUUACAAGGAAAUUAUACUUGUAAAGGAAUGAAUAAAGGUGGUACCACUGAUUUAACUUAUGAAGUUAUUUUACUUGAAAAACCACGAAUUGAUAGUUUAAAUGAAAAAGCUGUUGUAUUUGUUAAUAAUACUAUUACAUUGACAUGUGAAGCAACAGGUAGUCCAUCACCAAAUAUUACAUGGUUAUUUAAAGGAAAACCACUUGAUUUAGACAAUGAUUCAGGAUAUCGCCUUGUUGGUCCAAAAAAUUUAAUGCUUCUAUCAGCAAAACCUUAUCAAGGUGGUGAGUAUGAAUGUAUUGCAGAAAAUGAGGCAGGAAUAGCUCAAGCAUUAACUAUUUUAACUGUUUUUGAACCAACUGGUGAAAGAAAUAUGGCACAAAAUCUUACAAUUCGUACAAUAAAAAUGGGUGGAAAUAUAACAUUCACAUGUGUAAUGAGUUCAAAUCCACCAGCACAAAUUAAAUGGUUUAAAGAUGAAGAAGAUAUUUAUAGUGUUAUGCCACAAGAUCGUUUUUCAGUUAGUUCUGAUGGUUCAGCUUUAACCAUUUUCAAUGUACGUCUGGAAGAUCAAGGUCAAUUUAAAUGUUUGGCGGUUAAUAUACCUGGAUCUUGGAAUUAUCAUUAUACAUUAGAAGUAACAUCAUCUCCUGGUAUACUGAGACGUUCUUCAUCACCAUCCAGAGUGAAUAUAAAUGAUGGACAAGAAUUACGUUUACAAUGUUUAGCUACAGCUAAUCCAGAACCAAUUUAUCAAUGGUUUAAAGAUGAUACACCAAUAAAUUUACAACUUUUAACAAUGUCAUCAUCAUCAUCAUCAAUGGAGGGUAAUGAUUUUUCACGUAUAACCGAGAUGACAAAUUCAACUAGUCGUUAUGAAUUACAUGAUCAAGGCCGACUACUUUUAAUACGUGGUAUUCAAACACAUGAUGCUGGAAAAUUUACAUGUUUAGCUAGUAAUCCAGUUGGUGAAGAUAGAUUAGAUAUAGAAGUUCAAGUAUCAUCUUCUCCAAGAUUUCUUGAUGGCUUGGAUCAUGAAUCACCAAUACUGGAAAGAGGUAAAUCACAUUAUUUAUGGUGUAAUGUGACUGGACAUCCAGAACCUGAAAUUCAUUGGGAAUAUGAUCUCCCAACUACUGGUCCAGGUGAUCGUAAUAUACAACAACGUUUGAAUGGGAAACAAUUAUUUUUACCAAAUGUUGACUACGGUAUCAUAACACGUUAUAUUUGUAUUGGUAAAAAUAAAGCCGGUGAAGCAAAACGAAUAUUUGAUCCAACUUUAGUAUAUGCCCCAGUCAUUAUUGGACCAGAAGGUAAAAAUCCAAGGCAUGUUUUACAAAACUCGAGUACACGAUUAGUAUGUGAUUGGGAAGCAUCACCACGAGCUCAGUUGGAAUGGUUUAAAGAUGGUGAAUUAAUUACAGAGGACACAUUUCCAAAUAUUAAUAUUUCUGUUGGUGAUACACAGCUUUAUCUAACUGAUGUACAAAGCUCAGAUGCUGGAAAUUAUCGUUGUGUAGUCAGUAAUGAAUAUGGUUCAGCUAAACGUCAUUGGCUUGUACAAGUUAUGUCUCCACCAUCAAUACGAUUUUCAAGUCAAGAAGGUGAACAUAAUAUACCACUUGGAUCAAAUUUAGCAUUAUUCUGCGUGGCAACCGGUAAUCCAUUACCUAAAAUUACAUGGACUAAAGAUGGAAAACCAUUAAAUAAUGAUGUUAUGAAAUUGUCAAUUAGUGAUGAUCAUGUACACUUACGAUUAAAUGAUAUUGAAGAAAAUGAUAAUGGACGUUAUGCAUGUCAUGUGAAUAGUGAAUAUGGUCAAGUAACGAAAACAUUUGAUAUUAAAAUAAUUUAUGGACCUAGACUAGAUCCUGAUGGUCAAUUGCAAUACAGUGUAGAACGUACUGUAGGAGCUAGUGCACUACUUGAAUGUCUUGUGUCUGGUAAUCCAAGACCAAAAAUUGAAUGGUUCAAAGAUGGUGUACCACUAGAUCAACUAUCAUACAGAUAUCGUUUAAUUAAUCAAGAUCGUCAAUUAGAAAUUAUAUCAAUGCAACCGGCCGAUGCUGGUCGUUAUCGAUGUGUUGCAAAAAAUAAUUAUGGUCAAUUAGAAAUUAAUACAGAUGUUUCAGUUGGAGCUCCAGCUCGUAUUGAUCGUGGACGUGUACGUACAGAAUAUACAGUUCGUGAAGGUGAUGAACUUGUGCUACCUUGUCCAGCUACUGGAUCACCCACGCCGAAAUUAUAUUUUACACGUACUGGUGAAACACGUCCAGGUAGUAGUAGUAGCAGUAGUAGAUAUGAUGAUAAUUCUGGUGUGAUUAAAUUAUCAAGACAAACUGAUAAUUUACCUAAACAUUCAGUUAUAUCACAGGAUCGUCAAUCACUUACUAUUUUUCGUACUAUAAAAAAUGACAGUGGUUCAUAUCAAUGCAAUGCAAGCAAUGCAGUUGGUUGGGAUAUCAUGGAAUACAGUGUACGAGUUCGUGUUCCUCCAACAUUUGACACAUCGAAUGUACAACCAGAAGUACAUUGGUUUGUCAAUCAGACAAGAUCAUUAGAUUGUACAUUGAUGGAUGGUGCUGAUCCUCCACCAAAAAUUAAAUGGGAACGAAAUAAUAUCCCAAUUGCUAAUGGACCAGAUAUACAAAUCUCUUCAGAUGGUAGUCGAAUCACAGUACCUUUAGUGAAAACAACUGAUGCCGGUGAAUAUAUAUGUCAUGCACAAAAUGAAGUUGGUAAAUCUACACAAAUAUUCAAUGUGCUGAUUUAUGUUCGUCCUAAAUUUAUUGAUCCAACAAGAAAAAUUCACAUCCAAGCAGUACAAAAUGAAACAAUACAAUUAGCAUGUGAAGCAACUGGUGAACCAAGACCACGAUUUGCAUGGUUUAAAAAAGAUCGUGAAAUAAUUCAACCACAAUUUCUGGAUUCACGUUAUACACAUUCACAAUUGUCAAGUUUAGCUAUACUAAGCGGUGACCAAUUGUUACAAAUAUCUAAUAUACAACCAAUUGAUCAAGGUGAAUACACUUGUACUGUGAAUAAUGGUGGUGGUACCAUAGAGAAGAAAUUCAAUGUUACAGUAAUUGUUCCACCUGUUAUCAUGAAACGUUAUGGAUCACCAGAAGAACAUCGUACAUCAGAAUUUAUUCCAAUUACAUUCUAUUGUUUGUUACAUGAUAUAAAUCAAACUAAAGCAGAAAUUACAUGGACUAAAGACAAUUCACCAAUAUUAAUGUCCCUUGAUGGUGAUUAUUUUGUUAUACAAGAUCAAGGUCAAAGUUUAACAGUGAUACGUCCAACAACUGAUGAAGUAGGAUUAUAUCGUUGUUUAGCAAAGAAUAGAGCUGCUGCCCCCAGAUUUCCAUCAGAUUUUGUACGUUAUCGUCAAAAACUUGUUGUACGUUUGGGUGCUGAAAUUGAAUUUGAUUUGCCUCCAUUAGUUCGACUAGAUAAAACAGAAGUACGUGAAAGAGAAGGUGCUACAUUCACUGUACACUGUUCUGCUGAAGGUCAUCCGAUGCCAUCAUUAGAAUGGUUUAGAGAAACUGGUGGAUUAUUUCGUCUUGGAACAAGUGUUGAUGUUAGCACUGGACUCUUAACAAUAACAGAUGCUAAAAAAGAAGAUAGUGGCCGUUAUAUAUGUAAAGCAAUCAAUAAAAUCAGUGAAGAUUCUAAAUCAGUUAUGAUAGAAAUCAUUGAACGACCUACAAUACAUACAACAAUGAAACCAAUUUUAGCUAGAGAAAAUGAACAAGUAUUAUUACCAUGUAGAACAAGUGGUACACCACCAAUACGUAUACAAUGGCUACUGCCAUCGGGUCAAUUAAUUACAGCUGAUCAACCUGGUGUAUUUCGAUUUCUUCCGGAACAAGUAGGUUAUAUUAUUUCAUGA